AUGAAUCCCGUACAAGUACAGUCUACAUCUUGGUGGAGUGCAGUGUCCCGCUUUUGGUAAACAGUUUGAUUUGUUUUCGACGGCUGAAUUUGUACACGGUAAUAUUGGCAGUAGCGGGGAAUGAUUUCACUUCCUUCUGGUAAGACCCCGCUUCUUCACGUUUAAUCUGUCUAUCGUUGACCUGCUCCGUAGUUAGUAACACUUUCUUGGGCAUACUUGGGCUGUCCUUUUUUUGUCCAGCUCGAUAACAAAAAUCCCACAUGUAAUUUAACCAUUAACCUACGGCUUCUGGGGCUGGGCACUGACAGACCACAGGAUGUUCAGAGGACUUAUUACACGAGGCUUCAACGCAGCACCAGCGACGCUUCCUCGAUUUCCUGUGUCUGCACAUUUUUUAACAUUCAGGCAAAGGUCUUUCCUGAUACCUCUUCUCGUCGCACGAAAGGCUGGGUUACAUUGCAUUGACUUGGUUGUCGUGCGCUACCGGUCGCUUUACAGUUUCCUUUGUAGAGAAGAAAAUACCGACACGAAAGGUAAAGAAGACUUUCCUCAAGUGUACUGUGAAAUAAGAUCAGGAAUGUUCCCUCUACUGCUGCUCUCUGCCAUCUGUUCCCUGGCGUCCUCUUCUGUCCCCGACCAGGAAUCUGAUCAUUCCAGGCUCCUGAAGGUGACUGUCAGUAAGACUCCACCUGUGUCGGCCGUCUUGGGGAGCUCCAUUACACUGGCAUGCUUCGUGUCAUUAGCAGAGACACCCACUGCCUUUGGCCGCCAAGCCGUCCACACCGUGCCCUUGGUCAAGUGGAGCGUGCUGUCAUCCGGCCUGGAGACAGAGAUUCUGGUGGCCCGGGGGGGCAGGGUGAAGGUCAGCGAAGUCUACAAAGGUCGUGCCUCUUUGCCAAAUUACUUCUCUUCCUCCACCAACCUCACCCUGAGGCUGGAAGGCUUGCGCUACAACGACUCGGGUGUCUACCGCUGCAUGACUCAGCAGGGUCUGGAGGACUCCUAUGACCAAGUGCCUGUCAAGGUCAAAGGAGUGGUUUUUCAUUACCGGCAUGCUUCCAGCCUCUAUGCCUUCUCAUUUCCGGAGGCCCAGACUGCGUGUGAGGAUAUUGGAGCCCGAAUGGCCACCCCAGCCCAGUUCCUAGCAGGCUAUCAAGGCGGCCCUGAGCCGUGUACUGCGGGCUGGGUGUCCGAUCAGACUGUCCGAAACCCUAUCCAGUUCCCUGAAGAAGGUUGUUUUGGAGACAAGGAAAAGGAACGAGGAUUGUGGAAUUACACAGGGAGGGAUCCCUCAGAGCUUUGGGAUGUGUUCUGCUACGUGGAGGACGUCACUGGAAAAGUACUGUACAGCUGUACUCCUCAGCACCUUACCUUCAAAGAAGCCCAGGACUACUGUCAGGCAGGCGGGACGGACCUGGCUACACUGGCUCAGGUUUAUGCAGCCUGGAACGAUGGUCUCCACCACUGCAGUCCUGGCUGGCUUGCAGAUGGCAGUGUGCGAUACCCAGUAGGGGACUCAAGAGAAAACUGUAGAGGUUCCACACCUGGUGUCAAGACUAUCUACCGUUUUAGCAACCAGACAAGCUUCCCUGAGCCACACACCCUCCACAGUGUCUAUUGUUUCCAAGGCCCAAAGAGUUCCCCAGUUGAUGAUUCGAAGGAGUGCAUGGAGACAAAGUCCGAGAAGACAAAUGGAGGGACAAUGGCAAUGAUGGGACCCCUGCAGGAGAUCAUCUUGGGUCAGGAGAAUGAGCCAAACGGGGGUGGCCAUGUUGGUGGACAGGUAGAAGACCAAGGAACAAUGAGGAAUUUGCACACCGUAACUUCUCUGGUGGACACGUCUUCGCCCACCGACUCCCAGAACCUUGCUACCCCUGCGCCCGAGUCCAAAGAUGCCAAAGCUCUUAUGAAAGGAGCCAUAAACCAUGAGCCCUUGGCUGAGACAAAUCUGAAAGUUCUUACAGCUAUAUCACCCGAAAUGCUUAUUGGUAACUCAAAACGUUAUCGAAAAAUGAACCUGAAAUCUAGUGAUCCUAUAUCUGAAAUGCCUGCUAACUCCAAACAUAAUCAACGUGUCACACAGACAAAUCUUGAAAAUGGUGGCAUUAACCCCCCUAACCAAAUGGCUGGUGAUGGUUCAAAACAUUAUCAGGAUAUGCCCGCGACAAAUCUGGAAUCAGGUGAUCUUGUACUUCUGUCUGAAAUUACUGCUGGCGACAAUACACAUUAUCAGCAUGUUUCUCAGACAAAUUUAGAGUUCAAUACUAUUGUAUGCUUUAAUAAAAUUACUGGUGAUGGUUCAAAACAUUAUCAGGAUAUGCCCGAGACAAAUCUGGAAUCAGGUGAUCCUGUCCAUCUAUCUGAAAUUACUGCUGGUGGCUCCAUUCAUCAACCGACGCCUGAGACAAAUAUGGGCUCUGAUACUCCGACAACGUCAUCUACAGUUCCUGGUGACAACACUGAACUUAGUAAGAUUCUGCCUAAGACAAAUCAGACCACAGGCGGUACAGAUUUUAAACAUUUAGGUGACAGUUCCAGCCCCGGUGGCAACACUUCAGAAGCACGUUUAGACGGAACCACAGUCACACCUAAUUUUACCCAAGCAGAACUCACUCAUGGAGAGCAAGAAACAAGCUUACUGUCUGGCAGCCCAAAGCCAUCUUCCUCUAAGGAAGAUAUGAAAUACGAAGAGGCAAUGUUAGGAAAAUUUAAUGAAACUUCUGGGACUGCUAAAUCUUACCAAGAUAUGAGCGUAAAUUCUGGACCUUACCCACAGACCUCUGAUUUGGUGUCUACCACAGUGGGCGCUCCACCAGAGGGCACUGCAGAGCCAUUUGCCAGCUUCUCUCCUACCAAAUCGGCCAUGACUGGGGAUGAUGUUAAAGCCGUGUAUAGAGAGGACAACAUCUCAGCCCCAGAGGAGUUCAGGAACACGGGCACUUUGCCAACUCAGAAGACAGAAUCUUUUGUCACUCUGGACUAUGUCCAGACAUCUAAAUCUGGGACUGACUUUGCGCAGGAACAGUCUAGUGCUGCGUUGCCGGAUUCCUCUUCUCCAGUGAAGCAGGCGGGUCAGGAGGCUGUGGAUGGAUCUGUGGAGAUACCCACUGGGUCAGGCGAUUCUAAGGAGAUUUUUCUUGGCAGCUUUGAUCCGGUCAUGUCUUCCCACCAAAGUCAAUCUGCUGACAUUUUUGCAGGUGCAGAAUCCAGACAGAAACCGCUUGGCCUUAUGUGGCCAGACUCAUCUGCUCCAUCAGACGACGUGGAGGCAUCAGGACAUGCAGCAAUAGAAUCGUCCACUGGCUCUGCAGUCCUUGGAGGUGGCUGCUUCAGGAAUCCUUGUGCCAAUGGAGGCACCUGCGUGGAGGUGGGGGCCUCUGCAAAGUGUCUCUGCCUGCCGACCUACGGGGGGCACCUCUGUCAGACUGAUCUAGCUCCAUGUGACGCAGACUGGCAGAAGUUCCAGGGCUUCUGCUACAGACACUUCACCGACCAGCAGGCCUGGGAGGAGGCGGAGCAGCACUGCCGGGCGCACGGAGGCCACCUGACGUCCGUCCGGACCCCGGAGGAGCAGGACUUCAUCUACAAUAACUACAGGGACUAUCAGUGGAUAGGACUCAAUGACAGAACCAUAGAAGGGGAUUUUGACUGGUCUGAUGGAAGCCCCUUGCUGUAUGAGAACUGGAAAACUGGGCAACCAGACAGCUACUUCCUGUCUGGAGAGGACUGUGGAGUGAUGGUAUGGCAGGAUGGAGGGCGGUGGAGCGAUGUACCCUGCAACUACCAUCUCUCUUACAUCUGCAAAAAGGGUACCGCCUUCUGUGGUGAGCCCCCCACUCUUCCUAACACCCAGGUGUUCAGCAAGGGACAUCCGCAUCAUGAAGUCAGUUCCAUGGUCCGCUACUACUGCGUCGAUGGCUUCCUGCCAAGACAUAAUCCCAUCAUCAAGUGUCUACCGAAUGGCCAAUGGGAGGAGCCUCAGUUCAUGUGUGUCCCAGUGAACUCAGCAGAAGACAACCAGGCCACAGAGUCUCAACCAGGCCGUGGAAUCAUUGUGGAGGAUACAACUACAAGGAAGGCUGCAGCAGAGUUUCGGGACAUAAACUGGAACAUCUAGACCUCAUCUAUAUGCCCUACUGUGAAUCCAUCCCUUCCCAUCGCUUGUCUCAGACAAGUUUAAGACUCUUUUCUAAGCUUCCUAGUCGUGAUCUGGUGUUCAGAAGGGAUCUAAAUAAUAUUGUUACCUGUAGCUGAACACAGAUGAGUGUUUGCGCAUUUUGUUAGCUGGUCCCAAUGUGCUUUGCAUGUAGUCCUCUGUCCCAACUGUAGAUCUUCACCUAGUCUGUUCCAGUGUGAUUAGUUCUUGACAGUAUUGAUAUUUAGGAGUACAAUGUAUUUUUGCUAGAUUGCACAGAGUAUUAUACUUUAGGAGCACAAUUAUACUCUCUAUAGGAUGCAAGGUUUUUAUCAUCCAGAUUUUUUAGAAUUCAAUUUUUUGAUUCGGUUUGGAUGAUGAUGGACGCCCACUAUUAUGAGUCCCUAUUAUUUAAAAGUAAGGACAUCCAGAAUCAUCAAAGGCUGAUCCUUCUGUAAAUUAACAGUUCUAUAAUGACCGUAUAGCACACAGCAAAGAUUUAAGUGAGUGUUGGCUUAUUAUAUAGAUUUGUUUUAAUCAAUGUAAUUUCCUUUCGCUUUAUCUUUCAACGCUGACUUGCCAUCACCUCACCCACACCAUUUCAGAUCCACACAAUUGAAAUGAUACUUUAUUUGCCAUCUGAAGAAGUAUGAGCACGGAUGGAAUAAUUCCCUUUGCCUACCCUAUCUUGCAGUCCAUGAAACACACAGACAGAUGAGAGCAAACCUGGGGGUCACAGCGCAGGAUCGGCCAGCGUGCGGAACCCCUGGAGCUGGGGGCUCCGUGUGUCCGUCCUGCUGAGGCUGGGGCUCAAACUGGUGACCUUCUGAUCACAGGCACAGAUGCUUUUCCUGCUGAGCCACUCACCGCCGUUUAUAUUGGAAAAAAAUAUCUCUGAUGGGUGCCUUUCCAGUAAGAUACAGUUUCCAGUGAAAUGCAGUUUCCUGCACAUCUUAAUUAGAUGAAACAAUAUACGCUCAAGUUGCUCCAAUGUGCAAAAAAAAUAUGCUAUUGAAAAUGUAAACGUCCAGCUUUUAAAUGCAACACUAGGAAAGAAAAAUAUGCUGUCUGGUUUGCCUCUGCUGUCAACAAAAUAAUAGUAAAAUCCCUGUUUCUGCAUCUUGUUUUUUUCCUUCUUUUAAAUGGACCCGCUAGGUUAGGUUAGGUUAGGUUAGGUUAGGUUAGGUUACAGGAGGUUAGGUUACGGUAGGUUAGGUUAAUUUAUGGUAGGUUAGGUUAGGUUAGGUUAGGUUAGGUUAGGUUACAGUAGGUUAGGUUAGGUUAGGUUAGGUUAGGUUAGGUUAGGUUACAGUAGGUUAGGUUACGUUAGGUUAGGUUAGGUUACGGUAGGUUAGGUUAGGUUAAAUUAGGUUAGGUUAGGUUAGGUUACGCUAUGUUGGGUUACGUUAGGUUACGGUAGGUUAGGUUACAUUAGGUUUGGUUAGGUUAAGCUAGGUUGGCUUUAUUUAAUAUUAAAAAAUAAAGUCAAUGAUUGCCUGGGAUGCCCUAGCCCCGUGCCCUGCGAUGGCCUGGCAUCCCGCCCAGGGUAUAUCUCUGCCCCGUACCCUGUGAAGGCCUGGCAUCCCACCCAGGGUGUACCCCUGCCCCGUGCCCUGUGAAGGCCUGGCAUCCCACCCAAGGUGUACCCCUGCCCCGUGCCCUGUGAAGGCCUGGCAUCCCACCCAGGGUGUACCCCUUCCCCGUGCCCUGUAAUAGCCUGGCAUCCCACCCAGGGUAUAUCUCUGCCCCGUACCCUGUGAAGGCCUGGCAUCCCGCCCAGGGUAUACCUCUGCCCCGUGCCCUGUAAUAGCCUGGCAUCCCGCCUAGGGUGUACCCCUGCCCCGUGCCCUUUGAAGGCCUGGCAUCUCACCCAGGGUGUACCCCUGCCCUGUGCCCUGUAAUAGCCUGGCAUCCCGCCCAGGGUGUACCCCUGCCCCGUGCCCUGUGAAGGCCUGGCAUCCCGCCCAGGGUGUACCCCUGCCCCGUGCCCUACAUUGCUUGGGAUAGGCUCCUGAGCUCCCUGUGGUUGUAAGAUGGAUGGAUGGAUAGUUUAUUUUUUAUGGCUAUUGUUUCCCAAUUGCAUUAUAUGUCCCCAUUUUCUACCAGUAAACUUUGUUAUAAUACAGUUGUAGCCAUUAAAUAUUUAAAGCUGCUAACAUUCAUUACUGUACCUAUGCCUCUCUUUUCAAAUAAAAUGUAGUAAUAUUGUUUCAAUUUUAAUAAAAAGGUAUUUCACUUAUUUUCUGUAUAUGCUCAAAUGAAAAUUUAAGGGUUUUACUAUAGUGUUUUUUUUUGUAUUGCAUGUGAAUUUCUUCAACUAAAACCAAAAAUCCCAGUUAUUGCCUAAGCUAAAACAAAAACAAUGAGCAGAGGUCAUGUAGGCCAAAAUAAAAUACAACUUCAACUCAAGGAAAUUCCGAUUGCAGGUUUCAUAUUAUUUUCAAAUUAACUGUGUACUGAAUGUGAGCUUGGCAGUGAGAUCGGAUCCCCCAGUGGGAGAAACCCAGGUGUACAGUGCAACACACCAUUCGUAUUGUGUAAUUAGGCAUAUUUGUUUUAAGGGUUAAGAACUGAAAAUGUAAGUCAUAAGUAACUGAAAAACAUGGAUGUUUUUGUUCCUCUUAUCGUGUAAUUGACUGUUCAACACAGCUGGCCUAUAAAACGAAAAUGUUUAUGAAAAUGCUCUUUAGCGUGCGACAUGAAUGCUACAGUUUUAAAGUUUCAAGAUCAAGAGAAGGUUUAACAGCUAAUCUGAACUGUUCUGCUGGUUUUUUAGGGCUGGAUAUUAUUUUAAUA